AUGUCGGUGGUGCAGGACCUUCUGGCUUGGUGGUGGGCCACUUGCCUCUUGCUAGGCAUCUUGCUCGCCCCCAUGGCCCUCGUCGACCGCUCUGUGGUCGGCGCGGGCCCUUCUGGUCUGUUCGAUGGACUUUGGUCUCGUCGGGAACUGGUGUCUGGCAAGAAACAGUCUGUUCUUGUUGCCCCUCACAGUAUCUCUGCUACGGCCCAUGGUUUGGAGUCGCUCUUUGCGCUCUCGAAUGUCAUUGGAAUUUCUGGUCAAGAUGAACCCUUCACUGGGCAUGCUCAUCUCGCGACUGUUGAUCGUCUCUCCGCCUCGCUCUCACGCGUGCAGAGUCUUGGACAACGCUUGUUCUUUGGGAACAACGCCACAUCUGGGACCCUGAUUGGGAAGGACAGGUUGACGACGGCGAGUCGGGAAGCCUACGCGGGACGUCCUCUGUCUGUCUAG